AUGAAUGUGCCUGGUAGGCGUAAAACCUCGUCCCACUCGUCCUCAAGUGAUGGUCAAACGACUAUUCUUGGAGGUCGGGCAGUACUUGCACAGGAUGCAGCUGCAAGCAUGGCUUUGUGGCCGAACACGUUGAUCGAUCCUAGCCAGCUUCCCAGAGACAUGGUGUCCAAUUUCCGUAGGGGCACUCCAAAAUCGCGGAACGGGUGUGUAACCUGCAAAAUUCGCCGUGUCAAAUGUGACGAGGUCAAGCCUUGGUGUGAGAGAUGCACGUCAACUGGCCGCAAGUGUGACGGUUAUCUCCCGCCGGCCAAGAAAGCAAAACAACUAAACUCCAAGCCAAAUUUAGACUUCCGGCAUGAAUUAGCCCGUGGCCCAGUGAUCCUCUACACCCCCUCGGUCGAUAUCCAAGGAACCACGGCCCAGCGUCGAAGUUUCCAGUAUUUCACUACGCGAGUUAAUCCCUCUGAUAUGCCAGGAAAUUUCGAGCCAUACUUCUGGAACAACGUCGUCCUGAAAUUCAGCCACAUAUACCCCACAGUACAGCAUUCUUUGAUUGCUCUAAGUGCAGUGUAUGAGGAGCAUGAUGGUCGAAAAACCAGGGGAUUAAAUGGAACUCGACCUACUAAUGAGUAUGCGCUACAGCAAUACAACAAGGCUGUCAAAGCCUUGGUCAAUUACAUAUCUCUGAACGACCACGAUCCCCGCGUUGCUCUUAUCUCCUGCCUCAUGUUUGUUUGGAUUGAAUUUCUGCAGGAGAACCUGGAUCCUGGAUUCCAACAUCUGAGUGGGGGCCUCAAAAUCCUGCAGCAUAUAAAAUGCUCGCGCCAAUUAGGCUCGUCAGCGAGUAGCCAUUUCGAUGCCGAAGAUAUCUAUGGAUCAUUAGAACGUUCGUUCACGCGUCUGAAAGUCCAAGCAGCAAUCCAUGGUAGCCCGUCGAAUAAUAUUCCCGCCUCAUCAGCUGGGUGCAUAGAGACGAUUCUACCCAUCCCAGACGCCUUUUCAAACAUAUUCGAAGCCCGAGUCUGCCUGGAUAAUGAAUACAAUACAAUGUUUGGGACUCUUCGGGAGCUCCGAGAUCUCCAUCGGGAUCCAGGCGGCUCAUUGUUCUCGAGAAGCGCCCCGGAGAUUGUAUCAGAAUGUUACCGCAUUGGAGAGACGUAUCUCCAACGCUUCGAACAGUGGCACGUAGCAGCCGAGAGAAUGAUAGCAAAUUCAAGCAACUCGCAAGAUGCUCCUCACACGUCAGGGAUCGAUUGGCUCCGAUUGUACUAUCUUCUAAUCUCCUUAUCACUGAAGACUGUGCAAAGGGUUCACGAGAUGGUCUUUGACGAUUACACUGCCGAAUUUGAACGGAUGGUCGAGCUCUGCGAGCGGCUCCUUUGCGAACCUAAGGCGGAAACAAGGCCCCUCUUAUGUUUCGAUAUGGGUAUUAUACUUCCUUUAAUGUUCCUAAUUCUCAAGUGCAGAGUCCUUCGAAUCCGACGGAAAGCCUUAUCUCUGCUAAGACUCGCGCCAUACCAGGAAGGUAUGUGGUUUCGUGAAAGUACUCUCAAGAUUUGCGAGUGGAAAGUAGAAAUGGAGGAGACAGGGCGCGGCGACCUUCCCGAAUCGAGCCCACUGCCAGGGUCAGCCAGAAUCUCGUUAGAGCAUACUGUGAAGGGCGACUACCCUUCCAUGACGUACAUUAGGUUUCAGAGAGGCAAUGGUAUGGAGGCGGUGGAACUGACCAGUAAGCUGGAAGGAGUGGAAGGAAUAGGGAAUAUGUUAUGA